AGCAAAGGUGAAAAGAGUAAGAAUUACUAGUAAUUAAAAAAAAAAAAAAAACAAACAAACAAGAAGACAUAUAGUUCACGAGAGGCAAUACACAGAUGACAGCUAAGGCCUAUUGGGCUGGAGGGGCGGCUGAGGCAGUUCCUCCUCUUAUCUUUCUUAAAUUUCCAAGAUCAGCAAUGAAGCGAACAGGAAAGGGUCACGAGAAUCGGAUAGAGUCGGAGAAAGCGGAAGAAUGAAAAGUUUCGACAAACAAACAGUUAGGAGUGAGAGGGCUACGUGUAUGGUUUGUUUCAUCUUCGAUCUGUUAUUUUAGUUUGGAUCUGUUGGGACCCAAUUAUCACAGAAACCUAAUAUUGAAACAUGUGAGUGCACAUGUAAGGUAGCUCUCUUGUCAUUUUCAUGUUGUCGGUUCACAUGGUUAGGAAUCAAAUUAACGAAGCCACGGGAAUGUUCCUGCCUCUACCUUUCAUAUACUAAUGACCACUUUAAUCCUUCAUUCAAUCAUUUUUACUCCUUUAUGUCCAAAAACAGAUUUCUAUAGCGAUAAGUGUAUAAAUAUAUAUAUGGUAUACCUAAAGAAGGACAGAGGUAUAAUUGCCUUUCUGGAAGGCAGAAGGUUUGGUCAUGUGACUAUUUCAAACUGUAGCAGUCGGACCUUUUUCAUGAAUAAGACACACAUGAUUCUCCAAGUCUUCAACCAUGGUUUGAUCCAACUGGCUAUAAAUACCCUCUGAAGGGCUUAACUACAUGCCAUGACACCCACAAAUUUUCUCUCUCUCUGGGCAGCUGCUUCUUGAUCGCUUCAUUGUAGCAGUUGCAUUACUAAAGGCAAUGGCAGGGAAGCUAACCAUUGUGAUGUUCUUUCUUGUUAUAAUGAUACAUUUACCAGCAGAGAACAAUGCUGCUACCAGAAUUAAUGAGGCACCUGCGCCACAGCCCCAGCCACCUAGCAACUUCGCAAUGCAUGGAAUCACUCAAGGCAGCCUUCGUCCCCAAGAGUGUGGCCCUCGCUGCAGUGCAAGAUGCUCAAAGACACAAUACAAGAAGCCAUGCCUGUUCUUCUGCAAUAAGUGCUGCGCGAAGUGCUUGUGUGUGCCACCGGGAACUUAUGGAAACAAGCAAGUCUGCCCUUGCUACAACAACUGGAAGACCAAGAGGGGAGGACCCAAGUGCCCUUGAUCACACCUAAGCUAACUGCUGUAGUUUGGAGAUCACCUUAGCUUCCCAUAUUUCUUCUGCUUGUUCCUUUUUCAUUUAUCACCAAUCCCUUAAUUUGAAUUUUCAUUUACUUCUUGUUACUUCUGAUUCUGUAAUUCAUCCUGUAGUUUAAACAUUCAUCUUUUCUCAAAUUUUGUAAAUAUAUUUC